GGUUUUGUGAUCUUCACCAUGUCAGUAAAAAUGAAAGGCAUCUAUAAAGGCUUUAAAUGUAUCUCUCAAAUAUUUGCCGUUGAGAAAGAGAGGGAUGAAAUAGAAAUUGGGUUUCCAACAGAUGUAAAACAUGUGGCUCAUAUUGGCUGGGAGGGUUCCUCUGGUAGUGCUCCUGGUUGGAUGAGUGAGUUUAAGGUCGGAGCUGAGGUUUUAUCUCCAAGAGCAUCAUCUUUUAGUAAUGCAAGACCUUCUACUUCCUUUUUCACUUCUUCUUCCACCGAUUUUGAUUAUGGAUCGAGUCAACGAACAAUAUCAGAUACACUAAGAGAUAUCCCUCCAGUUACACCGAUAGAUUUACCAAAACAUAACAAGAAGAAAAGUAGUAGAAGAAAAAAGUCAUCGUCAUCAUCAACAUCUCCAAAAUCUUCAAGAUCAUCUAUAUUAUCCAAAUCUUCGUAUAAAUCAACUGUAUCACGACUAAUCUAGAACAUAUAAUAACAGAUGGAAGAGAAGGAAGAAAAAAAUCAAAAGUUUGGUCAUCUUUGUGCAUACUUAAGGGGAUUUUGUUUGCAUGUUCUACUGAUUUUCUUUUGAGAUUUUUUUUAGGUUACAUAUAUAGACAUGUUGUAACGUUUGGAGUUUGGUUUCUUUGGUGUAAACAUAGUCAGAAUUAUAGAAAGGAAAAACAAGAAAAAUGUAUGAAAAAUGAUUGUCAUGAAUUUGAGUGGUUAUUAAAAAGUGUUUUUGUUUGUGUCA